AUGGCGGAGCUGGUGAUGAAACUUUAUGAAGCAGCUGUGAAGAAAGUCCCAAACAGUGAAGAGUACCACUCCCAUCUUUUCAUGGCGUAUGCCCGUGUUGGCGAGUAUAAGAAGAUGCAGCAGGCAGGGAUGGCACUUUAUAAGAUCGUUCCCAAGAAUCCCUACUACUUCUGGUCAGUCAUGAGCCUGGUUAUGCAGGCGAUCUCGGCACAGGAUGAGAAGCUGUCGAAAACCAUGUUCCUCCCAUUGGCUGAGAGAAUGGUGGAGAAGAUGGUGAAGGAGGACAAGAUUGAGGCAGAGGCAGAAGUUCAGCUUUACUUUAUGAUUCUCGAAAGGCUUGGCAAAUACACAGAGGCCCUGGAAGUUGUGAGAGGAAAGCUAGGAGAAAAGCUGACGAGCGAAGUGCAGAGCCGUGAGAACAAGUGCAUGUCUCUUUACAGGAAACUGGAUCAGUGGCCCGAGUGUAAUGCGCUGUCUCGAAAAUUGUUACUGAAAAACCCAGAUGACUGGCAGUUCUAUCUGUCUUACUUCGAUUCUGUCUUCCAUCUCAUUGAUGAAGCCUGGAGCCCACCUGAACAAGGAGAACACUGCACGGAAGGCCAUGUCGAUUCAGCCGUAGACCAAGCUAUUAAAUUUGUCGAGGACAGGAUCGCAGGAGAAGACAGUAAAGACUCCAGGCACUUACGUGGGCCCUACUUGGCGCGGUUGGAGCUCAUUAAACGGCUGCGGCAGAGGAGCUCCUCUGAGGAACGAGAGCUUGGAAAUCCUCUGGACCUAAUGUUUGAGUACUUUGUCAAGUUUGGAGACAAGCCCUGCUGCAUAACUGACCUGAGGAUCUUUGUUGAUUUGCUAGAGCCUGACCAGUACGUCCAGUUUAUUAACAGGCUGACUGAGACGGUUCCGCUGUCUACACAAGCAGAAGAUGCGUUGGCUCAGCCAGCAGACAUCAAGUCGCUGCAGCGGCAUCUGUGUGUGGUGCAGUUGUCCCGCUUGUUGGGCAUGCACCACUCGCUGGACACGGAGCACAAGCUGCAUCUGAUUGAGGAACUCAAGGCCCGCUACCUGUAUGGACUGAAAUUUGGAAAGUCGUGCUUGAAAACCGAGCUGCAGUUUUCUGACAUGUACUGCCUGUUGGCUGCCCAUGUUUUAGUCGACUUCUGGAAGGAGACAGGUGAAGAGCGCCACCUUUGGCAGUGCCUGGGCCUUUUGGAAGAAGGCUUGUCCAACAGUCCCUCAAACGCCCAAUUCAAGCUGCUGCUUAUCAUUAUUUAUUGUCGCCUUGGGGCAUUUGAACCCAUUGUGGACCUAUACUCAAGUCUGGAUGCUAAACACAUUCAGCACGAUACAAUUGGGUACCUGGUGACACGCUAUGCAGAGCCCUUGGGUCAGUUUGCUGCUGCUUCACAGUCCUGUAACUUUUCUCUCAGGUUUUUUCACUCGAACCAGAAAGAUACCUCAGAAUAUAUUAUUCAAGCUUACAAGUAUGGUGCAUUUGAAAAAAUCCCUGAGUUCAUUGCUUUCCGGAACAGACUGAAUAACUCCCUGCACUUUGCACAAGUCCGCGUUGAAAGGAUGCUGCUGGAUCUCUUUCUUGAAGCGAAUAUCUUGUCUUCAUUGGAAGAAAAUGUCCGCUCCAUGGGAUUGUGUCCUGAAGAGGAUGACAUUCCUUGGAAGGAGAUGCAGGACAAUCGAGAUUUGACUGUUCUUGUCAGCUGGGAUCCCAAGUCCAGGCAGCUUUCCGAGGAGGACAGGUGGUUGUCCUUGGAAGAAGAAAUUCUUUGGCUGCGCAUCCGCUCCUUGACGUUACGAUUGAUAGCCACCCUGGCCACCCCAAGCCAUCCUGUGGAACCAAAGAAUUCUGAGAAAGCUGCCGAGAAUGGGGUGGCUUCCAAGAAUGACACACUACAUGAAUUGCUCCGACAGCUGGAAGUGGCCCUGGAAGGUGGGAAGCGGUUUGUGGAGCGUAAAGUGCAGUACCAUUUCCUGGGCCCUCCCUCCACCCGCCUCACCUCGGCCUUUGCAAGUGGAAGCUGCCAGUGCCAGGCCAGUGCCUUCCGGCUUGUGGUGGACGUUCACGAUUUGGACAUCAGUGGCUUAGACGACACAACUGAAGUGCAAGAGAGGUUAGGAAACAGCUUUAAGGAUUUAAUAGUGCAGUUGAAAGAUAUAAGGAACAAAUGUGAAAGUGACCUGUUUGAAAUUAGAGAUGGGCAGAACAAAACGAAGCCUGCAGCCUUAGAAAAUCUUGUUUUCUUCACGGAGACUGUAUGUAUCAUCCUGUGGGUGUCAAGCUACUGUAGUUGUAUCCUUCGGCCUCUUAAAUCCAAUUUACAGAAGAAGAAGAAGAAGAAAAAGGAUGCCAACACUCCAACGCCUGCCAUUUUCACCAACUACCAGGAGUACAUCUCGGCCUUACAGCUAUUGAUAUCCGAGGUUCUAGAUCACAUUAAAGGGCUUGAAACAAACUUGACUGCACUGAAGCUUGAUAGCCUUUCUUUGGAGGACCACACACUAUCGGAGGCGGAGAAGAAAUUCAAGAAGAUGGUGAGAGAGAAAGUGCAGAGCAGUUACCAGCGGUCGUUACAGGAGAUGGCCGAGCUGCUCAAGAAGAGACUGGACACAGUGAAAGGCUUGAAAAUUUGAUUGCUGGCCGUCGCUCUUCGGGGCGGCCUGUAAAAUCCAGAACUUCCUCCUCUCUCGCGCAUGAAGGACGCGUCCUCCGAAAAUAAAAGAGAAAAUGCAUUUUAGAAUAACUACUUAAUUAAAUUAUUGUACAUAACGUCUUCAGGACAAGAAACGCUCCUUAUCUUGGGGUUACUACUAUUUUUUGUUUUUUUUUUUUUUCUUUUUGCAUAUUCAUCAUCCAUAAUUUGGCAUCCACUUGUUUUACCUGGAAAGAACUUCAGGAAGGGAACGGUAAGCAGCUGCUCUUAGACACAAAAACCUGUCUGUAGUGCAACUCUCAGAUAAUAAAAACGAAAAAGCUCGAUCGGCCAUCCGGCACUGUGAAGCAUUUCAUUUCGUACAGCCAGCCUGCAAGACAAAAUUUGUAUUCUGCAGCUUUUGGCUACUUUUUUUGUUUCCUUUUUAAACUUUUUGAAAAUUUUGCAAUGUACAGCUGGGCAGGCCAGAGCAGCGGCAUCCAGCGUGUAAGAGAAAAACGCACUGCGGAAAGCCGAUGUUGGCAAUUUUUUAUUUUGUUGUGUUUGUUUUUUUAAAUAUGAAACUUAUUUCUUAAAAAAAAAAAAA